AUGGCUUAUAAUCGAUUUAAUCCAUAUGCAUUCGCUUUUGGACAAGCCGAUAGAAAUCAUGAUGGAGUAUUAGAUCGAAAUGAAUUUCGAAAUUUUCGUGAUUUUCAAAAUGCUGAUCGAAAUCAUGAUGGACGUGUUGGUUUAGCUGAAUUUGCAAAUAUAGCUGCACCAAAUCUUAAUAUUAAUCCAAGAAAUACAGCACAAGCUUUUAUGAUAGCUGAUCAAAAUCAUGAUGGUUUUCUUGAACAAAGAGAACUAUCUGAUUUUUCCGAUUUCCAACAUGCUGAUUUAAAUCAUGAUGGACGUAUUGAUCCAAUUGAAAUGCGUCUAUUUAACAAUAACAGUUUUAAUGGCAAUUAUCAACCUAAUUAUCCUCCUCCUCCUCGCCGUCACCAUCAUCAUCAUCAAUGUAGACAGCAACCUCUUAACUAUAAUCGUCCUAUGUAUCCACCACGUCCUUAUUAA